AUUAUAAUAUCUGCUUUAUGAGUGGUGAGAGAGAGAGAAAAGGCAAUGGCAUUUCUGGCUCCUCCUCCUCCUUGUUGUUGCGUUGGUUCUUCAAGAUUGGUGCAAAAGCAAAUUCACGCUCUUCCACUCGCACUCCCACUCCAACUUGAUCAUAAACCACUUUAUCUCCCAACUCCAAAACCAAGAAAAUUUGCGAAAUGCCUGUCGCAGAAGAAACAAUCCGAAGAGGCUGAGUUGGAAAGGCUGUUUUCCAACCUCAACCAAGCCACAUUGAAGAGAGAACCCCCAAGUCUAUCCAGCGCUGUUUUCCUAGUUGCAGGGACUACCGUGGGUGCUGGUAUCCUCGCAAUACCUGCAGUGACCCAAGAAUCUGGAUUUCUGGCCUCUGCAAUAACCUGCAUUUUUUGUUGGGCAUACAUGGUUGUAACAGGUCUGCUAGUAGCCGAAGUUAAUGUGAAUACUAUGUCUCAACUCGGUUCUGGCAGUGUAUCACUGGUAUCCAUGGCUAUGAGGACUGUUGGUAAAGUGGGAGUUCAAAUUGUUUGUUGGACGUACAUUUUUAUACAUUACGCACUUCUUGUUGCCUAUGUUGCUCGUUCUUCAGAAAUUUUGACAAAUUUUGUUGGCAUUCCCUUAUGGGAAAGUGCAACAUUGUUUUCAUUGGUUUUCGGAGGCAUUUGCUACUUUGGAAGUCCGCGGUUCAUUGGUGCGGUUAAUGGGGUUCUGGUAAUUGGAAUCAUCAUAUCUUUUGCUGCUCUUGUGGCAGUUGCAAGUGAAUACCUACAAUUGAGUGCACUUUUGAAAGCCAACUUCCAAGCUGUUCCCAUGAGCAUACCGAUAAUUGUUUUGUCAUUUGUAUACCAGAAUGUAGUGCCUGUUCUUUGUACAGAUCUUGAAGGAGACCUAUCAAAAGUAAGGACUUCGAUUGUUCUAGGCACAAGUAUACCACUUAUUUUAUUUCUAGUCUGGAAUGCUGUGAUUCUAGGAACCAUCACAGAUGUUGAAAUGGGCUCUGGUAAAAUCAUGGAUCCAUUACAACUAUUGCAAUCAACAAAUGCUGCUGUUGGACCUAUAGUUGAGGUGUUCUCAAUUUUUGCUAUCGCAACGUCAUAUAUUGGAUUUGUUUUGGGUCUUUGUGAUUUCCUUUCUGAUCUGCUGAAACUCCCGGCUGGUCAGAGCAGGCCUGUGCUGCCAUACCUUUUAACGUUGAUUCCACCAGUUGUGCUGUCAUUGCUAGACCCAGAUAUAUUCUUUAAAGCCUUGGACUUUGCUGGAACUUAUGGAGUUUUUAUGAUGGCUAAGGUUCUUCCAUUUCAUGUCCUUGGUAGUGUUGGUGCUGUUCGGAAUAGUUCCAGCUGCAAUGUCUUGGUCCGAUAGGUACUCAAGUUCAUCCACAGCUGUGAAAUUGCCGCAGUUGGUUCCAGGAGGAAGGCUCACUCUUUCGCUUGUGGUAGGAGGUGCUGGAUAUAUCAUUUCCUCAGAAAUUAUUGACAAGUUGAGCAACCCGUAAUAGUUUCCGAAUGGUUCUGUUAGCUGGGACUCUACAAAGCUUGUCGACAAUCGACAUACAACCUCAACGUGUAAACAAAUUCCUUAUAUAUUUUAUUUAGCUUUUGACCAGAAAAAGAAUAUAUAUAUAUAUAUAUAUAUAUAUAUAUAUAUAAAUGCCAAUCUCGCAAAGGAAACUCUCUAGCCUUAGCCUGAGAGUUUCGGAUAGGGCUAUCACCCGGUCAGUUCGAAUCGGUUAUAAGUAUUACCAACUUCAAAACCAAAGCUUUCAAUUUCAAAAUUGAGCUAUCAAUUACCAACCAAAAUCUUUGGUUUUUAAUUAUAUCUACCAAAUUCGGUAUUUUAGUUUUCAGUAUUACCAACUUUAAA